AUGGUCUGGAUUGCGAGGCAUACUUCAGCAGGUAGAAUUCGUGGCGGUAUUUCUCCAGUUGGAUUAACGGUGUUCGACACGGGUGCUGGUGCGAGUCCCGUCUUCGUAGUAAUGUUGCCAGCGGAACGCGGUAGUCGAGAAGGUCCCUACAACACUUCUCUUUCUCCUUCCUUGUGCUGCUUCCAAAAGUUUCGCUUGCCUGUACUUUCUAAAAUCUUCUUGCAAAGCUGUUCUGCAACUGGUAUUGGCUACCAGUCGCUCGAGAUGUGA